AUGUCCACAGAGAUGAUCCAGGCGUCCACGCUGCUCAGCCAGCAGCAUGGCAGGCUGUUUUCUGCAGCGGCAAAGUUUGCCUUCGGCAUCCUUGUGCUGGUGCCACUAGUGCUGCUCGAGCUCUUGGCGUACGGGCUCCUCUUCUUCAUCCUGACCUUAGCCAUCUCGGUCCUGGCCUGGUGGCAGCCACAACCUGCAGCGAGCGGGGAGAAGGUGAAGAUGAUGAAAGUGGCCGCACCCCGAAGUCUCUCGGGGCGCCUUCGUGCUGCCCGCGCGGCCGGGGACUCGCGACGCAUGGCGGCCGUGCUGCGGGAGGCGCUGACGCCAGACCUGUGUGGAAUCUUGCAUGAGGAUGCAGACGCAGCAGAAGCCGAAGAGCUGACGGAGGAGGUCUGCAAGACGCUGCAAACGAUCUCAUGCAGCAGCACUUCCUUGCAAGCUGUGAAGGCAAUGCAUGCAUCUUUUGGCCAGAGCUGCCUCUACCUUUCUGGCGGCGGCAUGCUGGGCAUGUACCACAUAGGCACAGUUCGUCAACUUCUCGAUGAUGGCUUGCUUCCAGAUCAUCUCUGUGGAACCUCCGUUGGUUCCAUUGUCGGCGCUUUCGUAGCGACGCGAACAGACCAAGAGCUCAGGGAAGAGCUCAACACUCUGGAGGAGUGGUACAGACAGAUGGGGCCUGAGGAGGGCCCCUUCCCUGUCCCGUACUGGGAGGUUGUGGUUCGCGUGCUUUGGCGAGGCUACAUCUACGACUACAUGAACCAGUACCGCAACCAGGCCUCCUUCGUUUCCAUGGGCCUGACCUUUGCGGAGGCCUUCGAGAGAACGGGCAGGACGUUCACCAUCACCUGCACGCCGACUUGCGGCGGACCCCUGCUGCUGCUAAACAGGCACACUGCGCCGAACGUUCUCAUUGCUUCAGCAGUCUGCGCCUCGUCAUCUAUGCCAAUGCUGGUGCAGGCCGUGCGGCUUCUCGAGAAGGCCCCAGAUGGGACUGCGAGACCCUGGCCAGGUGUCACGGCCCUCGUGCGCGAUGGGACCAUGAUGGCCGAUUCUCCAUGCCAUGAGCUUGCCGCGAUGCUCAACACGCGGUGGUCCAUCGUCUCUCAGGUGAAUCCGCACGUGGUGCCGUUGUCCAUGCCAUUUUUGCUGGCCAACCGCCUUAGGCGUUGCUGCAGCAGUGCUUGGGCACGUGUGGGCGACGCGGAGCCCUCGCUCCGCAGGUGCAUCUGGACGACGCUGCGCAUGUUUCAGUCCUGGACAGGGCUCCCGCGACAAGGUGGCUGGAUCUACAACCUACUGUUCCAGGACUACUUUGGAGACGUAAACAUAGUCCACGACGAGAUGCGCUUCAUGGACUACGUGCGCGUCAUAAAGAACGAGAUUAGCAUGGAUGAUUUCCAGAAGAAGGCUUUCCUUGGUGCGGAGACGAGCAUACGACCGCUGCAGCGCCACAAGCUGCGAGCGAAAGUGGAGGCUGCCCUGCGUGCAGCCCACGCGGCAAGUGCCGCGGCUCCUGUCACGAGCUCACCGCGACGGCAGCGACGAGCCCUGGGGCGAAGAACGCGCAUGUGA